AUGAAAUCUCUACUGUUCUCAUUUCUAUUUCUAUUUCUAUUUUUUCUUUCCCAUAUAAGCGCUUCAAAUUCAUCCAUUGACACUUUCCUUGAAUGCCUUCCAUCUCACUCGAAUCCAUCACAUCCAAUCUCUAAUUCCAUCUAUACUCCUACGAACUCUUCGUUCUUAAGUGUUCUUCAAAACUACAUACGCGAUAGUAGAUUUAACACGUCUACUACACCAAAACCCUUAGCCAUAGUCACGGCCUUAGACGUAUCCCAUGUCCAAGCAACCGUUAUAUGUGCAAAAACAAAUGGUGUAAAAAUUAGGAUUAGAAGUGGUGGGCAUGAUUUUGAAGGUCUCUCAUACAUCUCAAAUGUUCCCUUUGUUAUCCUUGACAUGUUCAAUUUACGAUCUAUUGAUGUUGACAUACCAAGUGAGACGGCUUUUAUCCAGGCUGGAGCAACCCUAGGUGAACUUUACUAUAAGAUUGCCCAAAAGAGUAGUAAUAUCCAUGCUUUCCCUGCAGGGGUAUGCUUUACUGUUGGCGCCGGAGGCCACUUUAGUGGAGGUGGCUACGGGAAUAUGUUAAGGCAAUAUGGUUUAUCGAUUGAUAACAUAAUUGAUGCAGAAGUUAUUGAUGCAAAUGGUAGACUUCUCAACCGUGAAAGCAUGGGUGAAGAUCUUUUUUGGGCUAUUAGGGGUGGUGGAGGUGCUAGUUUUGGUGUCAUAUUAUCAUGGAAAAUAAAUCUAGUACGCGUUCCAGAGAUUGUGACAGUUUUCAAUGUUCAAAGGACCUUGGCUCAAGGUGCUACAGACGUAGUCAUACAGUGGCAACAAGUAGCUUCCACGGUUGAUAGGAAACUCUUCAUAAGAGUACAACCAGAGACAAUUCAACAAGGAGGAAGCAAGACGGUCCAGGUUACAUUCAUUGCGUUGUAUCUUGGACGCGCCAGUUCACUUAUUCCGUUGAUGAACAAGAGCUUUCCGCUGUUGGGUUUACAGGCACAAGAUUGCACCGAAAUGCCAUGGAUUAAUACAACUUUAUUUUGGAAUGGUAACCCAACUGGUACUCCCCUUGAAGUGUUGUUGAAUAGGACGUCAUCUCGCCGUCCCUACUAUGGAAAACACAAGUCUGAUUAUGUGAAAACACCAAUUCCAAGAGCAGGAUUAGAGACAAUAUGGAAAAAGAUGAUUGAAGUGCAAUUGGAUAAUAUUGUUCGGAUGCAAUGGAAUCCUUACGGUGGGCGGAUGAGUGAGAUUCCUGAGGAUGCAACGGCAUUUCCUCAAACUCUCCUUAUAUUAAUAUCAUUUAUCCUUAAGUAUGAGCUAAUUGAGUUGUUUAUUAGUUACCAAACUUUGAGGUUUUUUCUGACAUGAACAUACGUGGUGAUUCUUAUAAGUUAUAACUAUCCUGAAUAGUCUCCAAGAAUCCAGGCUGUCUUAUUAGAGGAUUUGAAAGAAAUGACUCGGUCUACGGUCUCGCUUGGUGCUAGUUGUUGCAGGC